GACCGCGUAUGCGCUGGAUACGAAGUGACGACACAAUUUCCGCGUCGGAACGGUUGAACUUUGCCACCGGUAGCGGAAGUUCUUUCCUUUCCUGUUUCUGCUUCGAAGAGACACACCAAGACUAUGGCUCCCCGUAAAGGCAAGGAAAAGAAGGAGGAACAGGUGAUCAGCCUCGGACCCCAGGUGGCAGAAGGAGAAAAUGUCUUCGGUGUUUGUCACAUCUUCGCUUCUUUCAACGACACUUUUGUCCACGUCACCGAUCUCUCCGGAAAGGAGACGAUCUGCCGAGUGACCGGCGGUAUGAAGGUGAAGGCAGACAGAGAUGAGUCUUCCCCGUACGCCGCCAUGUUGGCCGCACAGGACGUCGCUCAGCGCUGCAAGGAGCUCGGCAUCACCGCCCUGCACAUCAAGCUCAGAGCCACCGGAGGAAACAGGACCAAGACCCCCGGCCCUGGCGCUCAGUCCGCUCUGAGGGCUCUGGCUCGCUCUGGGAUGAAGAUCGGCCGUAUUGAGGAUGUGACCCCAAUCCCAUCCGACUCUACCCGCAGAAAGGGAGGUCGCCGUGGUCGGCGUCUGUAGGAUGAUCUUUCUUUCAAUAAAAUGUUCGAUUCCAA